AGGAUGGGAUGGAUGGAUCGUGGGUAAUGCAUUGGUGUAGCGCCACCAGCAGAGCGGAACGCGAGGUCACGGGAUAUCUUGCAUGGACGGCCGACCGGAGGCGGAUUUUCCUACUCAUCUCGAGGUUACGAAAGAUGGAUAGAUGGUAUUGGAGAAGGGAUUGCAGGGGAGGGGGCUGAAGGCUGCCUGCUGCUACAUACAGCCAGCCAUAGCAGCCGCUGAAAAAGGGGGGCUUUCAUUUAUCUUACAUAUAUAUGUGCAUCCAUCUACAUAUAGCAUGAUACGAUUCAUUAUAUUUAAGGGUUGGCCUGGGUUGUGUGUAGGUAUGGGUGGUUAUGCAGUCGAGGGUGGCAAAAUUGGGGAUUUAUUUUUGCAUUGCAUUGCAUUUUAUUAUUCAUUUAUUUAUUUUAUUUAUGUAUUGUUUAAUGAUAUAAAUGGUAUGAAUGGAUAUGAGAUGGGAUACAAUAAAUGAAAAGCAUAAGAUCAAUUAACCAGCUUUCCUUCCUUCCUUCCAAG